AUGGCCAUCACUGUCUUCAAAAUGGGCUUACACCCUGAUAAUCCGCUUCGGAGCUCGUUGACAAGGCGGCCUCCUAAAUUCGUGUGGGCCUUAAUGAAGAAGGUUGAUGAGUACUGCAAGGUGGAGGAUGAUGCCCUCCAUGUGAAAGCGGGCCAAAAGGUCAUGGAAACGGCGGCACCUGCCCCAGUACAGCCAAUAAGCGUAGCCCCGCCGGAAAGAAGCCCCAAGCCACAAAGGCUAAAACGAGAAAGUCGCCGAGAUCCACGCCGAUCGAGGGACCAGUAUUCAUGCUGGUCGGGUGAGCAAUAUCAGGUGGAAAGCAGACACCCCAGGCGGUCUAAGAAAAAGUGCUACACCUUGAAGGAUUAUCUUGAGGAGCUGGUACAUGAUGGCCGACUAACUCAUUACCUCCCUCACGGGGUCAACACACCCAAUGUAGUGGCUCUGCGCUCGGAUUCACCUCCUCUGGCAGUAAUUCACAUGAUAUAUAGUCUUCUAUUGCUGACCAGCAUACACGCGAUUCAAUCUCAAGAGCCCCAACCAUGCCCAUCCAAGCCGUCCAUACCAGCCAAACGGCCUCAUCGGACCGGUAAGAUCAGCUUCGAUGACACGGAUCUCGACGGGGUGAUCUUUUCCCAUGACGACCCUCUCGACAUUGAAUUACGCGUAAACAAAUAUACGGUUGAACGCAUUUUGAUCGAUCAGGGGAGCACACCAGAGAUAAUAUAUUAUAAGAUGUUUGUUAAGCUCAGCUUCACGGAGUCAGACUUACUGCCGGCUGAAUACCCCUUAUUUGGCUUCAACGCCAAUCCCGAAUACCCUCUGGGUAAGGUCAAGGUUGCAGCACGUGUGGGCACUAGGACACUCGAAGUGGAGUUUUUAGUGGUAAAGCUUCCAUCGCCAUAUAACUUAAUCAUGGAGAGAACCUGA